AUGGCUCCCGCUGCUGCUCGUGGCCGCAAGGCCCAGAAGGUCACCAAGAAGUUCAUCAUCAACGCCUCGCAGCCCGCGAGCGACAAGAUCUUCGAUGUCGCCGCCUUCGAGAAGUUCCUGCACGACCGCAUCAAGGUCGAGGGCCGCGUCGGCAACCUCGGCGACGACGUCGUCAUCUCCCAGGCCGGUGAUGGCAAGAUCGAGGUCGUUGCGCACAUCCCCUUCUCUGGUCGCUACCUCAAGUACCUGACCAAGAAGUACCUCAAGAAGCAGCAGCUCCGUGACUGGCUCCGCGUCGUCUCCACCUCCAAGGGUGUCUACGAGCUCCGCUUCUACAACGUCGUCAACGACGAGGGCGAGGAGGAUGAGGAGUAA